CUUUUUAUAGUUUAAUGGAAGAAAACCCAAAAAAUUAUGAACCUAAGUUGAAAAAAAAAAAAAAUCAAAAUGGCAAGCGGCUGUAAAUAUGUAAGACAGUAUAAGCACACCCCUCUGACUGUUGAUUUCUUUAUAAAUACGCCAAAUUGCUCUUUUGCUUGAAAGGCACAAACAACCUACAGCUACACCAUGGUUACAAAACCUAAAUCACUCUCUACUGGAUGAAACAUUAAAAUAAACGUCAUUCCGCCCAGCCCUCCAUCCGGCUUGUCGUGUGAAUGGGUUUGACGGCUGUUUUGGGUGGUUACUGACAGAUGCCUCUCAUUUCAGGAAGCAUCUAUUCUAGUCCUGGACUUUACAGCAAGACCAUGACACCUACCUAUGACUCUCGGGACGGCAGCCCUCUGUCCCCCACCACAGCGUGGUUUGGAGACAGUCCGCUGUCAGAAGGCAAUCCCAGCAUCCUCGCUGUCAGCCAGCCCAUCUCCUCACCCGACAUUCUGGUCAAGAUGUACAAACCACAGUCCCUCCUGGACAAGGCCAAGAUCAACCAGGGGUGGCUGGACUCCUCCAGAUCACUGAUGGAGCAGGAUGUGAAGGAGAACGAGGUCCUUCUGCUCCGGUUCAAGUACCACAGCUUCUUUGACCUCAACCCAAAGGUCAGUGUGUUUUGCACCUUAUCACAUAUAAUCAUAUGCACACAAUGCUGAAUAGGACAUUACAGA